AUGUAUAACGCUUCCGAUGGCGUCUCGCCACAGACAAGGCAGAAACCGUUCCCUCACGCCGCCUCGAAGAAAGCCCUGGCGAUUUUGGGUGAAGACGCUUCGAAUCCGCCGAAUCAACAGAGUCAACAGAACCAGCAUGCGCGACAACAGAACGCAUCUGUUGCUCCAUGGGAAGAGCCCAACAACGACGAGAAUAUCUCACCAUGGACUGGAGAUCCUCAGAACCAGACGGGUGGUACCAGACCGGUUAACACCUCAUACUUCUUUGACGCAACCCCUCGAGAAGCGCAGUUCCAGCAGCGACGGCCGGAUACGGGACAGACCAAUAACUCCGACGAUUUUGUGAUGGAUGACAGGAGGCCCUCGGUCGCGAGCGCCACUACUAUUAGCAGCGCCGAUUCGAAAGGCAACGUCAACGGUCGGAAGAAGAAUCUUAAUAAAUUCCUUGGAGAUGACCCCAAUGAUUCGAGGAAGGGUUCCUUCAAUAACUUGCCCGACCAGCUGAAUGGGAACGAAGGUGAUCGCUCAAAGCGAAACAAUUCUGUGCAGACCCAGAACACUGUGGAAGAGCGACCCAAGACUCCAGCUCCUCCACCGUCCAGCGAUGUGACCCCGUGGGACUACCAGAAUUUUGAGGAUGUCUCGAACUAUGGCUCAGCUCCGGUGAGGUCAGAGACGGCUCCCGAAGCAUCCCAGCAACCGCCAUCGUCUAGCAACGGCAACGGCAACGGCAACGGCGGCUCGAUUUCCUUCCGUCGAGGUCUCUUGCAUCGACAUACCAAGAGCAAAGAGGAAGGACCGAAGGGCAAGCUUGCUCCUACAUCUGAGCCGAAGCGCCCAUCUACUAGCAGAGAAUCUUCCAACCAUCAUGUAGCAACUCUUAAAACGUCCCAGACUUUCACGCCGAUGAGCUCCACAAACACGCUCCCUCGAUCGACAAGUCCAACAGGAUCAGGCCGCAAGGAAGCUGCUCCUCAGCAAGAGAAAAGGUCUUUAUUCUCCAAACUCAAGCAUCGACACAAAGAGAAGCACGCGCACCAAGAACCUCCCAAACCUCAGAACGAGCCUCCACCGCCAGAAGAGGUUCAAAAACGAAAUCGGACCUUCUCGAACAGAAGCGUUGGCGAAAUCGAUAAACGAGAUCGAGAAACAAGUGUAGCGUCGGCGGAUAGUGCGUCAACUAUCAAGCCAGUCGAGCCCAUGAUGCCAAAGAUCGAUAGGACGUUCACCAGCUCGUCUAAGGCGGGCAGGUUCACGCGUCAUGGUCGACAUAGGGGUCCCAGCGUUGUGAGCGAGACGAGCCAAAAGAGCAAUGCUUCAGCUCAGCAGGCGCCCAUGCAGGCGGGUGUCUUCAACCUGGACACGAAUUUUGAUGAUCUGUCGGAUAUCAUUAGCCAACCCCCAGUGCCUCAAACGCCUGGAGAUGCCGGCAUAUUCACUGGCAAGCCGCUACCAACACCUUCGGCUGAGCUGGGCGCACCCGUCUGGGACGCCCCCGAUAGUUGGGCGGUCAAAGGCCAGGAAGACGAGGUCCUCAGCCGGAUGCCAGAAGUCAACGAAGAUGGUCUGCCAGCGAUCGAGGAAGAGGAUGGCAUUGCUUACUUCAUGCGUGUCUUCCGAGCCGAUGGCACGUUCGCAACGCUGUCUAUGACCAUCAAUGCAACCGUCGCAGAGGUGUUGCAAUCCUUGGCCAAGAAGUCUGUUCUACAUGACUCGAUCGACAAUUACCAGCUCCUGAUCCGGAAGCAUCAGCUAUCUCGGGAGCUCUUGAAGGGCGAGCGCCCUAUCGCCAUGCAAAAGAAGCUUCUCCUGCAGGCUGGCUACACCGAGCGUGAUCAUAUCGAGGACAUCGGCCGAGAGGACAACAGUUACCUGUGUCGGAUGACUUUCAGUCACGAGAAGCAUUCUGGAUAUGGCAGUGGGCUUGACAACGAUCCGUCUUUCAACAAAAUGCAGAAAUUUAGCCACGUCGAUCUUUCCGGCAGAUCGCUGGUGACGAUCCCGAUCAUACUCUAUACGAAAGCUCCGGAGAUUAUCUCACUCAAUCUUUCCCGGAAUUUGGCCUUGAACGUGCCCAAAGACUUCAUCACGGCUUGCAUCAACCUACGCGAGAUUAAAUUUACAGGCAACGAAGCGUGGAAGGUUCCGGCCAGCCUUGCCUGGGCAGGGCGCUUGACGGUCCUUGAUAUAUCCAACAAUCGACUGGAGUCUCUUGCCCAUGCUGAACUGCAGAAAUUGGUCAGCUUGUCAAGCUUGAAACUCGCCAACAAUCGACUGACCGAGCUACCAACGAAUUUCUCCCAGUUUCGCCAGCUUAGAAGUCUUAACUUGUCUUCGAACGGCUUCACUACAUUCCCAGAGCACAUUUGCAGUCUCAAGUCGCUUGUAGACCUCGACAUAAGCUUCAACAAGCUGCCGCAUCUACCCAAAAUAUCCCAGCUGACCACUCUGGAGCGAUUGUGGGUGACGAACAAUGAACUCAAGGGCCCUUUUAACGAAGGCUUCAAGAGUCUGGUCAACCUCAAGGAGAUCGACGCCCGCUUCAACGGCAUCACCAAUCUCGACAAUGUCACCGGACUGCCGAAUCUUGACUCGCUACUUGUGGGCCACAACAACAUCUCGACCUUUAAAGGGUCAUUCAAGAAAUUGCGAGUACUGGUAUUGGACCACAACCCACUGACAACAUUUGAGCUCGAGGAAUCUCUUCCGACCUUGGUCAACUUGAACCUCGCUUCAGCAAAGCUUGUUGAGUUCAAGGAGACGAUGUUUGACUUCAUGUCCAACUUGCAACGGUUGAACCUGGAUAAAAACCAUCUCUCCAACAUGUCUUCUCAGAUCGGUCGGCUUGGGAAACUCGAAUGGUUCAGUAUGGCCAAAAACCCACUCAACUUGAUCCCUCCCUCUAUCGGCAGCUUGGUGGAGCUCAAAUUUCUCAACAUCAGAGAAUGUAACGUCAAGAGCCUGCCUCCAGAGAUAUGGUACUGCAGGAAACUGGAAACACUCAAUGUUUCCUCGAAUGUGCUCGAGACCUUUCCAAAGCAAAACGCUGCACCUCCACCACCAGAUGCAAAGGAUAUUACUCCAUCGGCAACACCAGGACUAUCUUCAUCGCCUAGUUUCGAAGAGCUUGGUAAACUCGAAGACUUUCAGGCACGGCGGCCGAGCCAGGCCUCUGCCGGAACCAUGCUCAGCGUCGGCAGCUCGCCUGGCGGAUCGGCUAGGAAGAACUCUUUUGCGUCAUUGCACAAUCAGCCAAAUCGAAAGAUGUCAUCAAUUUCUAGGAGUAAUACCGAUAUGUCUAUGACAUCGGCAUCGAGGAAGGACUCCAACCUGUCGCAAGCACGUUUACAGAACACCUUUGCUGGCUCCUUACGUUACUUAUCACUCGCCGACAAUCGACUUGAAGACGAGGUAUUCCGAGAGCUGGUCAUGUUACCAGAGUUGAGGUCACUGAAUCUCUCCUACAACGAGCUCGAUGACUUCCCCCAGGGCGUGCUGAGACGUUGGCCGCAGCUUCAGGAGCUGUACCUGUCUGGUAACGAAUUGACUUCACUACCGUCGGAUGACCUUGAGGAGAGCAGUAACUUAAGAGUCCUGCAUUUGAACGCGAAUCGCUUCCAAGUACUUCCCGCCGAGCUUUGCAAUGUCCACAAGCUCUCCACACUGGACGUUAGCAGCAACUCUCUUAAGUACAACGUUUCCAACUGGCCGUAUGACUGGAACUGGAAUCGGAACACUGCUCUUAAGUAUCUCAACUUUUCCGCGAAUAAGAGACUCGAGAUCAAGCCGUCGGCUCAUCAAAAUCAGACACAAUUCAAUGCGAUGAACGGCGGUGAAUCACAGGAUCUGACCAGCUUCAACACCUUAAAAUAUCUCAGAGUGCUCGGUCUGAUGGAUGUGACAUUGCUGAUCAACACAAUUCCUGAUGACAACGAGGACCGCCGUGUCAGAACAUCUGCCUCGCUUGCUGGUGCUUUGCAAUAUGGUAUGGCGGAUACGCUCGGCAAGAAUGAUCACCUCUCGACACUCGACUUGCUCAAGCCGAACUUCAGAGGCCAUGAACAGGAGAUUCUGGUCGCCAUAUUCGACGGCCAGGCCAUUACCACUGGCGGCUCACGCAUCGCCAAGUAUAUGCAUGAGAACUUCGCGGGUUCCUUUUACGAAGAGUUGAACAAAGCCGAGAAGGCUGGAGACACUGCAGAAGACGGCCUGCGACGCGCAUUCCUGGGCUUGAACAAGGACAUGGCCAACUUUGCCAGCAGCAACUUCGAUGCCCGCGAGCACAGGCUAGCAAAUGGCAUGAGGACCAACUCUUUGGCCAAUGUACUUGGACCUGACGACCUGAACGCCGGCUGCACUGCUGCGGCUGUGUAUCUGAAUGGAACAGAGCUUCAUGUUGCGAAUGUUGGCGAUGUUGGCGCUAUCCUUAUCGACUCGCGUGGUCAGCAUGUUGACUUGACAUUCAAACAUGAUCCUGCAUCGCCCAAGGAGCGUGAGCGUAUCAGGGAUGCGGGCGGCUAUGUGUCGAGGCAAGGCAAGCUCAACGACAGUCUUGAAGUUAGCCGAGCAUUUGGAUACUAUCGCAAUAUGCCCUCGGUCAUUGCUGCUCCAAGCACUAUGCAUUGUACGUUGUCGGAGGGCGAUGAACUUGUGGUUCUGGCGACACGUGAAUUUUGGGACUAUGUGACUGUCGAUCUAGCCAUUGAUGCUGCCCGCGCCGACAAAGGUGAUCUUAUGCUCGCAGCACAGAAGCUUCGAGAUCUUGCGAUCGCUUUUGGCGCCCGAGACAAGAUUAUGGUAAUGGUUCUCGGUAUAUCUGAACUUCGAAAGCGUGGAAACAACAGGUUCCGGGGAACGAGCUUAUCUCUUGCUAAGGAGCUCGGUGGCGAUGAGGGGACUAUCUUCCCCAGUUCACGCAAGUCUCGCAGAAAAGGCGAGACUCUGGUGGGCGACUCGAAGCUUGCUCGACUUGAGGAGCCUGAGGCGCCUAUUGGUGAUGUGGCUAUCUGUUUCACCGACAUCAAGAACUCGACCGCGCUGUGGGAAAUCCUGCCUGUCCCGAUGCGCUCGGCUAUCAUGAUGCACAACGAACUUAUGCGGCGACAGCUUCGCAUCAUUGGAGGCUACGAGGUCAAGACCGAAGGUGAUGCCUUUAUGGUUGCAUUUCCCACCGUAACCUCAGCGCUGCUCUGGUGCUUCAGCUGUCAAAGCCACCUACUCGAACUGCCCUGGCCGACGGAAAUUUUGGACACUGUUCAUUGCCAGGAGAAACUAGAUGCUGAUGGACAGGUCAUCUACAGAGGCUUAUCAGUGCGGAUGGGCAUGCAUUGGGGUCGACCAGUGUGCGAGCAGGACCCCAUUACACGGAGAAUGGACUACUUCGGACCUAUGGUCAACAAAUCUGCGAGAGUUUCAGCGGUCGCCGAUGGCGGUCAAACAACCGUGAGCAGCGACUUUAUCGCUGAAGUGCAACGAACUCUCGAGCAGUACGCUGACGAGGACCGUCGGGACUCGGUCGGGUCUCAAGACACUGUCAGUGACGAUCCCCUCGGAACCCAAAUCCGACGCGAGCUACGGCAACUCAGUAGCCAGGGUUUCGAGGUCAAGGACCUUGGCGAGAAGAAGCUCAAAGGGCUCGAGAAUCCGGAGUACAUCUACCUCAUGUAUCCGCAUUCGCUUGCUGGCCGCCUCAACGUCCCACCGGGCGCUGAGACACAAGUCUCAAUGGGCGGCAAUGGUCCACAGGCCGAGAAUCAACCGGGGGCUCUGGGCAAGGACAGCAAAUUGACGCAACUUGACGUUGACCAUGUUUGGAACCUUUGGGACAUUGCUCUUCGCCUGGAGAUGCUGUGCAGUGCGCUCGAGAGCCCCGAAAAGGCGGCCGGUCUGCAUAAGCCGGAACUGAGCCUGCUCACGAAGAUGAAGACGCAAGGUGGGGACAUUAGCGACAGCUUUAUGAUCAACCUGCUGGAGCACCAGGUCACCCGUGUUGAGACAUGCGUUACGACGUUGCAGCUCAGAAACAUGUUGAACCCGUUCGAAAAGGGGUCGUCGUUGCUGGACAAGGCUGUCCCCAUUGCCGAGCUUUUACAGAAGAUGCAGGGUUUGGUCAAAGAAGUUGAAGGCGCGAAGCGAGGUCGAUCUACUGGGCGAGUGGUAGAGGAGGAGUAA